CAGGGGGCGUGUCCCGGCCGCGAUGGCGGCGCUGUUCGGCGGCGUAGAGGGGGGGGGCACCCACUCCACUGUGGUGGUGGUGUCCGGAGAUGGCCGCAUCCUGGCUGAGACAGAGGGACCCUGCACCAACCACUGGCUCAUCGGCUCGGAGCAGUGCCUGCUGCGGAUCGAGCGCAUGGUCAGCGAGGCCAAGAGCAAGGCUGGGGCCGACCCCCGUGUCCCACUCCUGUCACUGGGUCUGUCCCUGAGCGGAGGGGACCAGGAAGCUGCCAUCAGGAAGCUGCUGGAGGAGCUGCACCAGCGCUUCCCACACCUCAGCCGGAGCUUCUCCAUCACCACCGAUGCCGUGGGGGCCAUGGCCACCGCCACCGACCGCGGUGGCAUCGUCCUCAUCUCGGGCACUGGCUCCAACUGCAAACUCAUCAAUCCCGAUGGAUCUGAGACCGGCUGCGGCGGCUGGGGGCACAUGAUGGGGGAUGAAGGCUCAGCGUUCUGGAUCGCACACCGGGCGAUCAAGGUGGUGUUUGACAGCAUGGACAACCUGGAGGAGCCCCCCCACGACGUGGGAUACGUCCGGGAGGCCAUGCUGGACUACUUCCAGAUCCAGGACAGGACAGGGCUCCUGCCCCAUCUCUACAGCUCCUUCCAGAAGGCCAAGUUUGCAGGGUUCUGCCAGAGGCUGGCGGAGGGUGCCCAGGCUGGGGACCCCCUCUGCUGCCACCUCUUCCAUAAGGCUGGGGAGGUGCUGGCCCGGCACGUGGCUGCGGUGCUGCCCAAGGUGCACACGAGCCUGUUCCAGGGGGAGCUGGGGCUGCCCAUCAUCUGCGUGGGCUCCGUAUGGAAGAGCUGGGACAGGAUGCAGGAGGGGUUCCUGCAGGUGCUCACCCAGGCGCGGGGGGGCGCUGCGGGACGCGGCUUCUCCCGGUUCAGCCUCCUGAAGCUGAAGCGCUCAUCGGCGCUGGGGGGGGCCCGGCUGGGGGCCCGCAGCAUCGGAGCGGCGCUGCCCUUGGAUUGCGGUGCCAACGUGGAUGUGUUCUACAGCCACAGCUUCCAGUGACCCCCCCCCGACGGGGGGGGCAGGGA